GCCUGGGUCUACAAAAUAGGUUUAUUUUCCACAACUAAACUUGGAUCUAUUUUGUUCAACUUUUUAAUGUCAGAAACUCGACAUAUCUUACUUUAUUAACUACUGUUGAGCAUUUACUUUCUACUGCUGACAGGUAAGUCUCCUACAGAGUAUCCCUAAGUAAAUAGUACCAUUUACCGAACCUGAAAUGCCCAGCCUCCCCAAAGCAACUAUUUGCAUAUAUCAGGUUCAGUUACAAAUGCAUGAUCUUAUUGCCUUUUCUAAGAGACUUUGCUGAUAGCUAAAGAAGACUAAAGCCUCUGGUUCCCCUUUCCUUUCCAAUUUUCCUGGGAACAUUCUGCUUACAAAAUCAAUUACAUGAAUCCACUUAACUAUUUGUAGUUAUUUUAUACAUUGUCUUCAAAGAGAGAUCAUAACUUACUUGAAUUGGGGGCUAUAUCUUACAUAUGAUUUUUGUAUUCACCCAGCUCUUAACAGAUGGUGGUUUAUUCUGUUAAAGACUGAAUAGUAAUAGCAUCGCAUAUCACAAAGAAUGCAACUCAGAAAAUAAGAAUAUAGGAGAAAGUGUAAUUUAAAUUAAUCAAUACAGAAGAUAAAUUAAUAUUUUGUCUCACACUUACUUGACUGUUUAAAACCUGAGAAUCUGCAGUCGCGUGGUGGCGCUGCAGGAUAAGAUGGGGACUUUUCUGUAUCAUCAAAUGCUCUGGUCUCCAUUAGUCAGUGGAACUGAGAGCACAGGAGAAGCAGGAAGGGGGAAAAGAGGAUUUCAAGAGAAAGCUAAGGAACCAACAACACCUUCGUGGCAGGAUUACAAGUCCACAGAUUACCAGUGGUCCAGGCUGAUAGAUGAGAGGAGCAACUUAGGAGCUGUUUGUGACUGAGUUGAAACAUUUCUGCAGAAAGACGUUUGGCUAAGGAGCCAUGGAGUCAGGAGAGAGGUGCCCUCAGCAGAUAAGGCAAGUGCUGCUUUUCUUUGUUUUCCUGGGAGGGUCUUUGGUGUGUUCAGAGCCCUGGCGCUAUUCUGUAUCAGAGGAAAUGGAAAUUGGCUCCUUUAUAGCCAAUGUGGUGAAAGAUACAGGCUUGGGUGUUGAAGACUUGGUUGCACGGGGGGCAAGAGUCAUCUUUGAUGACCAUAAACCAUAUUUACAGUUGGAUCAGCAGACUGGCAACUUGCUCUUAAAUGAACAACUGGACCGGGAGGCACUUUGCCAUCUCACAGAACCAUGUAUAUUGCAUUUCCAGGUAUUAUUUGAAAAUCCUUUACAGUUUUUUCGGGCUGAGCUUUGGGUCAAUGACAUAAAUGAUCAUACCCCUGCAUUCCUAGACAAACAUAUACUUCUGAAAAUCUCAGAAGGUACUACUCCAGGAGCCUCAUUUCCAAUGGACAGUGCCCAGGACUUGGAUGUAGGAAAGAAUGGUGUCCAAAACUACACAUUAAGCCCCAAUCCUUAUUUCCAUCUUAAAUUACAAGACAGUGAUGACGGAAGAAAAUACCCAGAGCUGUUCCUGGACCAAUCUCUGGAUCGAGAAAAGGAAUCUGAGUUUACAUUAAUUGUAACAGCUUUGGAUGGCGGGUCCCCGCCCAGGUCUGGAACUACACUUGUUCGUAUUUUGGUCUUCGAUAUCAAUGACAAUGCUCCAGAGUUUGAGAGGUCUGUCUAUGAGGUUCAGGUACCAGAAAACAGCCCUCUGGACUCCUUGGUCGUUAGGGUGUCUGCUACAGAUUUGGAUGCGGGAAUAUAUGGAGAACUAUCAUACUCAUUUUCCCAUGUCUCCAGAGACAUACGGAAAACAUUUGAAAUCCAUCCAAUUUCUGGUGAAAUCCGCUUAAAAGCUCUUCUGGAUUUUGAAUUAAUUCAGUCAUUUACAAUAAAUAUUCAGGCAACAGAUGGUGGUAGCCUUUCGGGAAAAUCCGCAGUUUUAGUUCAGGUUGUGGAUGUGAAUGACAACCCACCAGAAAUAGUCAUGACAUCUCUUACCAGCCCCAUACCAGAAAAUUCGUCGCCUGAGAUGGUGGUCGCUAUUUUCAGUGUAAGAGACCAAGAUUCUGGGGACAACGGGAGGAUGGUGUGCUCAAUUCAGGACGAUCUCCCCUUUCUCCUGAAGCCUACCUUCAAGAAUUUCUACACUCUGGUAGCAGGACUCCCACUGGACAGAGAAAGCCAGGCCGAGUACAACAUCACCAUCACCGUCACCGACUUGGGGACCCCCAGGCUGAAAACGCAGCACAACAUCACCGUGACGGUCUCCGACGUCAACGACAACGCCCCCGCCUUCAGCCAAACCACCUACACCCUGCGCGUCCGCGAGAACAACAGCCCCGCCCUGCACAUCGGCAGCGUGAGCGCCACGGACAGGGACUCGGGCGCCAACGCCCAGGUCACCUACUCGCUGCUGCCGCCCGCGGACCCGCAGCUGCCCCUGGCCUCCCUGGUGUCCAUCAACGCGGACAACGGGCAGCUGUUCGCGCUCAGGUCCCUGGAUUACGAGGCGCUGCAGGCGUUCGAGUUCGGCGUGCGCGCGGCCGACCGCGGCUCGCCCGCGCUCAGCAGCCAGGCGCGGGUGCGCGUGCUGGUGCUGGACGACAACGACAACGCGCCCUUCGUGCUGUACCCGCCGCAGAACGGCUCUGCGCCCUGCACCGAGCUGGUGCCCAGGGCGGCCGAGGCGGGCUACCUGGUGACCAAGGUGGUGGCGGUGGACGGCGACUCGGGCCAGAACGCCUGGCUGUCGUACCAGCUGCUCAAGGCCACGGAGCCCGGGCUGUUCGGCGUGUGGGCGCACAACGGCGAGGUGCGCACGGCCCGGCUGCUGAGCGAGCGCGACGCCGUCAAGCACAGGCUGGUGGUGCUGGUCAGGGACAAUGGCGAGCCGCCGCGCUCGGCCAGCGUCACGCUGCACGUGCUGCUGGUGGACGGCUUCUCGCAGCCCUACCUGCCGCUCCCGGAGGUGGCGGCGGCCGAGGCGCGGGCAGACCCGCUCACCGUCUACUUGGUCGUCGCCUUGGCGUCCGUGUCGUCGCUCUUCCUGUUCUCGGUGCUGGUGUUCGUGGCGGUGCGGCUGUGCAGGCGGAGCCGGGCGGCGUCUGCGGGUCGCUGCUCGGGGCUUGAGGGCCACUUUCCGGGCCACCUGGUGGACGUCAGCGGCGCGGGGACGCUGUCCCAGAGCUACCAGUACGAGGUGUGUCUUCGGGGAGGCUCGGGGACCAGUGAAUUCAAGUUCCUUAAACCCGCUAUCCCCAACGUCUCUCCCCCAGAAGGUAAAAUGGAGGAAAGCCACACCUUUCUGAAUGGCUUUGAGUUCAUUUAGGGAUUUGAUUACUCUGCCGAACUUUUAGAGUGAGUGCUAUUUCUUUGUAAAAUAUGUUCAUUGUAAUGCAAAAUUCUUUGUUUUGGGUAACUUCAUUUUACUUAAGAGUUUCCAGAAGUUUUGAUGAAUUUUCUGCUAUCUACUUUUUAAAUAGUAACUGUGGAAAAACUAAGGGAGCUAGGAUUUGCUUAGACUUUCUUCCAAAAUGCAACCUCAAGUAAUUUAUUCAAAUAUACAGCAUUUUCCUUUCAAGCUUAAUGGUACACUGGGUUCAGUCAUAUUCUCUGGGUGUCUAAGCUGUAGAUCCUCUCACUGAAACUGUUUUUAUAUGUUUGAUAGAGGAAAGUGCAUGAUAUAAAUAAAAACCAUGCAUGGUUUCUGAGAUGUUAUCUUAUUUAGAUUUUUAAAAAAACCAUAAUCAAUUUUGCCAAUCUUUCCAGCCAAAUAUUUGAGUAAUUUUUCUGCAUUUAGGUAUUUUUCUUUGUAAACACUUUGGAACUGUAUAUAUUGCUGGAAGAUGUAUUAAAAUAAAUUUUAAUCUUGUUUGGAUUAAGAUACAUAUCCAGCCCACACUUCUUGUCUGAGAACUUCCUGGGACUUCCCAAGGGAGGUAAUCACUGUUGAGAUGUUUAUUAUACUUUUCUUUACCUCUCUUGGCCAUUUUUGAUUAGCCUAGUAAUAGACUCCUGAUUAAAGUAGGCAUAGUCACAUUCUCCAAGCCUCUAAAUUUCUACUUAUGAUGUAGUUCAUCUAUUUUUUUCUUGAUUGCUUGUAACUAGGAAAUAAAUAUUAAGUAUGGGCUGAGGUAGCCAUGUUAUACUUGUGUAAGCUGGCAGCACAGAGUGGCAUGUAGAGAGGGAAGAAAGAAAGGAGGACGGGAAGGAAAAUGAGAAGGAAUAAGGGAGUGGUGGAGGCAGAAGCCUAAGAAACAGAAGAGACUAAGAGCCAUUUGAUUCUAGGCAUGUUAGUUCCUGAUUCCAGUGUUCCUAAGUCCCUAAUGUCUAAUUGUCCUUCACAUUUGCAGUGAAACUCCAGUUCCCUAAUAAUAAAACUCCUUUAUUUAACUCAUCUUGGGGAGAAGGCAUUUGUUGAAACCAAACUCUUUUGGAACGAUACAUGCAAUUUUGAGUAUUCAAUUAGACUACCAUAAACUCUGGUCUUUUACUGCAGGUUUUUAAUAUUAACUUAAUCAAUGAAUGGGAUAAAAAUGUACAAGCUUAGAGAUAACUAAUCUGUACUAGAGAGUUUUGUUACAAAACUUAAUUUUGUAAAUAAUUUAUAAGAUCUUUCAACUUAAAGAUGUUAUAAAAUGUUUUAUGGAAUAUUUUGUUAACAGGUAUCCCUCCUUUUUUUAAAUGUGCUUCAGGAUUAGUUUUAAAAAGUAACAUUGACUUUGUUAUUGUUUGGAUAUCUAUACAUCAAACCUUCCUUAGCAUCUCUUUUAAAAAUAACUAAGUUCAAUGUGAACAGAAUUAUUUUAUCAUUUAAUGUAAAAUCUUCAGGAUCUAUAAAUAAUCCCAUUUAUAAAUAAUAUGGGGUAAUUAAUGAUUUCAUUAGUAGUAAUUUGAUUGAUGCUAGUCUAUUACUAGAACUUUCAUGAAAAAAAUUUCAAGCUUUCUACCAAGUAUAUGGGCUUAAAAUGUUCUUCUCAGAAGAGAAAAUGAGAAAAUUUAUCUGAGAGAUGACAAAUGGGAAUGAAAAACUAAUUUUGAUCCAUUAAUUUACUGAUACAGGUACCAGCAUCUACCUAUUAAUAUUUUUUAAAGUGCAUGGACAUUAAGGGCACAUUUUCUUGGACUUUUGAUUCUAUAAUAAAGAGUUUGAUGCAUGACCAGCAUCUUUCUAUGAGUAAAAUUAUCAGAUUUUAAUUGUUACCAGCAUGUUCUCACAUUUUGGAUUUACAUAAUCAAAUUUGUUUUGCUGUGUAGAGGAAAACAUUAUAAAAUAGAAUGUCAAUUUGAGUGAUUUGUACCUUAAUAGAAUUAAACUAAUAUGCAACACA